GAUCCCCGAUCACUCAGGAUCGCCUUUGGCUUCAUGGUUGGUACGGCUGUGUCUCCACCGGCAGACUCGCAAAUACUGCCUGCAUAUGCCGAGGAUGGGAUUGUUCGUGUCUUCCACGGCUCAACUGAUGCCACUCUGGUUGAGGAUUUUAUCGCUCAGCUUCUUUACCACUGCGUAAAGCGACUCCACCUAGCAGAGGAUUUGCUUCGUGGGUUCUAUGGGCUGUCUGGGUUUACUUCUGUUAAGGAUAGUCUGGAGAAGGGGAUUGAAGGGUGGGAAUGAUUUAUGGUCUCUUUCAAUAUAGUGGUACAAUCAUAAAUAUAACUGGAGAGCCGCGACGAGCCUGGAAUG